GCACCCGGUAGCACCCAAAGGGUCCCAUCGCGAUGGGUGCUGAGGCCGUGCUGGUGGCCGCGGGGUGGCUCUGGGUGGCCCUGGGGGCUGCGGGCACCGAUGAGCCCCAGGUCCUGUCCGAGGUCCUCUUCUGCCAACCGGAUGAGCCCUCGCUGGGGCUGGCGGUGACCCUGGGCACGGAUGAGCUCUUCUGGUUCAACUUCUCGGGUUCCUCCUGGGUGCGGCGCCUGCCGGAGCUGCCGCCGGAGCUGCCGCCGGAGCUGGAGGCGCCGGAGCUGGUCCUGAAGGAUGCGGAGUUCUGCCAGGCCCUGCUCGCCCUCCUCACCAACGCCACCAGUGAACAACUGGCACAGGCCAGGGGGAUCCCGGUGGCCAAACUCUUCCCAUUGCAACCGCCGGCAUUGGGCAAGCCCAACACCCUGGUGUGCCUGGUGGAGAACAUCUCCCCCCCCGCCGUGGACAUCACCUGGAGGGCGGACGGCGUCCCCGUCACCCGCGGCGUCACCCACACCGGCUACACCGCGAUCGGCGGCGUCACCUUCACCCGCUUCUCCUACCUCCGGGUGACCCCCGGCGCCGGCACCGCCUACAGCUGCGUCGUCACCAGUGCCGGCCUCAACAGCUCCACCGUGGCCUAUUGGGUGGCGCAGGAGGCGGGUGACACCGAGACGUUGUGGACGGCGCUGUGCGGCGCUGCCAUGGCCUUGGGCACGGUCAUGGCUCUCAUGGGCAUCGCCAUGGUGGUGGUGGUGGCGUGGAGGGGCAGGACGGGAGGGUGA